AUGGAUCCAAAACUAAAAGAAGUUUUAACAAGUAUCGAAUCUGGACAAUUUGGUGAUCCAAGAAUAUUUUCUCCGUUAAUCAAUACAUUAACAAUAGGCAAAGAUUAUUAUUUAAUUUCCGAUGAUUUUGGAUCAUAUCUUCGAUCACAACAAAUGAUUGAUGAAGCUUAUAAAGAUCAAGAUGAAUGGAUAAAGAAAAGUAUUUUUUGUACUGCUCUUAUGGGCAAAUUUUCUUCUGAUCGUGCUAUUCAAGAAUAUGCAGAUAGUAUUUGGAAUGUUGAACCAGUUAAAGGUGAGUCAGAGGUUGGGGAAAGCAGUAGGGGUCUUGGAAGAGGUGGUGAUAUUGGAGGUGCCAGUAAUGUUGGGGGAGGCGGUGCUGGUGACGUUGGGAGAGGCAGUGCCAGUGACAUUGAGGGAGGUGUCAUGAUUCAACUUCAAAAUUGA